UUGUUAGUUUCAUUGUGUAGUUGCCACACAGUACACAGUACAGAGUUGUUCAGUGUUCAGUGCAUCGCAUUCUCCGCCAUCAUGCAAGCGCUAAACUCGCCCACCCUCCGCGCGUCUCCCUUGGACCCGCUUCGCGCUCCCAACAAUGCCGCCAACAGAAGAGCCGCCGCCGCCAAGCGCGUAUUCUUCGUCUCCGCCACGGCGGCGCCCAAGGUUUCUGCCCCGCAGCGCCAGAAGGACCCCAAGAAGCGCGUGGUGAUCACCGGAAUGGGCCUCGCGUCGGUGUUCGGCAACGACGUCGAGGGCUAUUACGAGAAGCUCCUUGCCGGAGAGAGCGGCAUCACCGCCAUCGAUCGCUUCGACGCGUCCAAGUUUCCCACCCGCUUCGGCGGCCAGAUCCGCGGCUUCUCUGCCCAGGGCUACAUCGACGGCAAGAACGACCGCCGCCUCGACGACUGUCUCCGCUACUGCAUUGUCGCCGGCAAGAAGGCCCUCGAAAGCGCCGACCUCGCCAAGGAUAACCUCACCAAGCUUGAUAAGGAGCGUGCCGGUGUUCUCGUGGGAUCCGGAAUGGGAGGCCUAACGGUGUUUUCCGACGGUGUUCAGUCUCUGAUUGAGAAAGGGCACCGGAAGAUAACGCCGUUUUUCAUUCCGUAUGCCAUUACUAACAUGGGUUCGGCUUUGCUUGGGAUUGACCUCGGGUUCAUGGGUCCUAACUAUUCUAUUUCCACUGCUUGUGCUACCUCCAAUUAUUGCUUUUAUGCUGCGGCGAACCAUAUACGGAGAGGGGAGGCUGAUUUGAUGAUAGCGGGUGGAACAGAGGCUGCCAUCAUUCCCAUUGGGUUAGGGGGUUUCGUCGCUUGCAGAGCGCUUUCCCAGAGGAAUGAUGACCCCAAAACUGCUUCAAGGCCGUGGGAUCAGGGGCGUGAUGGCUUUGUUAUGGGUGAAGGUGCUGGAGUUUUGGUGAUGGAGAGCUUGGAACAUGCCAUGAAGCGAGGCGCUCCUAUAAUUGCUGAAUACUUGGGAGGCGCUGUUAACUGUGAUGCUUAUCAUAUGACAGAUCCAAGGUCUGAUGGACUUGGUGUGUCUUCAUGCAUUCAGAGCAGCCUUGAAGAUGCUGGUGUGUCACCUGAGGAGGUCAACUACAUAAACGCACAUGCAACUUCCACUCUUGCUGGCGACUUGGCAGAGAUUAAUGCUAUUAAGAAGGUUUUCAAGGACACUUCUGGCAUCAAAAUUAAUGCCACCAAGUCUAUGAUAGGACACUGCCUUGGUGCAGCUGGGGGGUUGGAAGCCAUUGCCACUGUUAAAGCCAUAACAACAGGAUGGCUGCAUCCAACAAUCAAUCAAUUUAACCCAGAACCCGCAGUCGAUUUUGAUACAGUGGCAAAUGUGAAGCAGCAGCAUGAAGUGAAUGUUGCUAUUUCAAAUUCAUUUGGAUUUGGUGGACACAACUCUGUGGUGGCAUUCUCUGCUUUCAGGCCCUGAUUACGCAGGUUGGGUUAUCUGCGCUUUAUGUGGAACACGGGUUUAAGUUAUUUGAAAUUUUGUUCUCUCUAGAUCAGUGAGGCUGUUUGUUCUAUUUGAGCCAAUCAUAUAUGAAAGCCGUAGGCCUGUAGUUCAGUUUGUGGUAAUUGUGACUUGACAGUUAGCUAUAAGUCUGUUUUAAUGAGUAGACGUUUUUGAAUGUAGCUGGAAGUCCUUAGUUUGGAGGUAUACAGAAGGAUAAAAUGCCAAAUGAGCAAUUCUUCAUCAUUCUUCCAUAUUGUUUCAGUAAAGAUAUUUAUCAUCAUUUUUUCCAAUCA